AUGAAGGUGGAGUUGGUGGUUGUGGUAGGGAUGGCGCUUGUGGAGGUGGUGGUAGUGACAACAUGGUGGUGGAGGUGGCAGCAUGGUGGUGGUGAUCGUGUUGGUUGUGGUGGUGGUGGUGGUGGCGAUGGCAGUGGUUGUGGAGGUAGUGAAUGUGGUGGUGUAAGUGGUGGAGUUGAAUGUGGAAAUAGAGGUGGUGUUAUUUUUUAA